AUGAGUGAUGUCGACGCAGUCUCCCUACCCGCUGCCCUGAAUGUCGGCCCCAACAACACUAUCGCAGCGGUGAGAACGGAUGCAGACGCGCAUGCUUCAGGGCCCUCUGCAUCCGACAAGAGGCCUGCUCCGGCUUCUGAAUCGUCGUCAGCUCUAGCCCCUGCACCUGUUCCGGGCGCGGAACCUGCGACGACACCGGCUUCACCACGGCGAGAGCGCGCUGGAUCGCAUGCAAAGGAUGAGGAGGAUCACGAACAGGGUCCGCCCAGUCCCAGGGCGGAUUCGGAGGCAGAAACGAUUAUUCAGUCUGGCCGAGAAUCUUUAUCCCCGGAGAAGAAAAGGAAACACAUUCAGCAUGACCCGAAUCGCCAGGGCAUGGACGGAGUCGAUGGGGCCCAGCGGAAGAAGGCUCGGAUCGAUGGCGACCGAGGAGAGCGCCGCUCUCGGUCGCGCAGCCCGCUGGACAGAGCUGGCUCGCCCCCGUCGGUUGUGAAGGUGGAGAAGCUCGAUGACGCGCCCUCCGUGUCGCAGAAUGUAAUAUGUGAGAGCGGCAAUGAUGGCCCCGAGAGACCACGCAAUUAUCGGAAACGAAGUUUCAGCGACAGUGUGGAUGAAAAGAGGGAGCGACGCCGCGACUCGACCUCGCACCCUGCACGCGACCUCAAACACCUCAACCAUACUCGCUUCACCCGCCCGUCCUCCAAAACCCGUUCGGUAUCCCCCAGUCGCCCUGCCCAUCACCGAUCCGCGUCCGGUUCCCAUCUUCCUUCGAAGAAGAAGGCGCCCACACCUCUCCUGACCGGGUUUCAACGCCAAACAUCCGAGGACCGUCAAUCCACGUCUUCAUCCGCCAGUGGCUCUCCGCACCCCAGUGCGCAUUUGCGGAAGCUGGGGUCGGGGAUGGGCGCGUCUGCAUCGCCUGCGAAGCAAAUGGGCCCCAAGAAAUUGCGUGACAAGAGCGGUCGUACUCCUCUCGCACGAGCAUGCGCAGACAGGAAGUACGAUCAGGUGGUCAUGCGGUACCGCGAGCGUCCCGAAGAUCUGAAUGUCCCCGACAACGCGGGAAACACGCCCUUACAGGUCGCAUCGCUCAACGGCGAGGAACAGAUUGUUAAGUUCCUGUUGGAUGCGGGAUGUGAGAUCAACACGAAAAACAUUGACAAGGACACUCCUUUGAUCGAUGCGGUCGAGAAUGGGAAUGUGGAUGUCGUGAAACUCCUGCUUGAAGCAGGUGCCAAUCCUCGAACGGUGAACGCUUCUGGUGAUGAACCCUAUGAGCUAGUCCCGACGGACUUGAAGGAUGAUGAGUACGAUGAGAUUCGGAAGUUGCUCGCGGAUGCCAAAACGAAUAUGCGCCCUGGCCGCCGGUCCGAAGAGCAGGUUGGACCUGAUAACAAGGCUCCACGGUCGCGACGAGCAUCGGGGGCCAGUCCCUCCCGAAGCCCCCCACCGAUGGCGAACGCAACAGGGCGUCGCAAGACCGGCCGGAGCGAAGCAACCCGAAAUGAUCUGUUGUGGACCCAGCCGACCUCGGAGAAUUUGCGCGAAUUUGCCGCCAAGGGCGACGAACAGGGUGUGGUGAGCAUCUUGAAUAUUCUGCAGAAAGCCGACAACGCCUCGUUGAUUGCCGCAGCCAAGGGUGGCCACUUCGAUGUGUUGUCUCUCAUGUACGCCAUCGGCGACGCAGAUGCGGACCCAAACCCUCUCCGUGGGUCUGGCCACAAGCCAGGCUACAACACCCCCAUGCUCGCUGCCAUUGGUCGAGGCAACAUGGACAGCAUCCAACUCAUCCUGGGCCAGCCUGGGUUUGAUCCAACUCGACGAUUGUUUGAAGAGAAAACAUACUAUGAACUCUCCCGCUCUCGUCAAGGCGAGAAUUGGGAGGAAGAAUACGGUAUUCUCAAGAAGGCGUAUGAGAAUUUCUCCGGCUCACACAAGGGCCGCAAGGAUCUUUCAUCACCCCGCCGUGCGCGCGGCAAGGAUAAGGACGAGAAACGAACCGCACGCCGGGAUUCUUCUUCUCCAGUGGCUCGCACGAAGAAGCUCAAUGACAGCAGCCCGAACGCCAAUCGUCAACGCUUGCCGAAGGACGUGGAUGUGCUGAAGGAGAAGCGACGUGAAGAGAAGAAGGCUGCAGCAUCCAGCGGCCGCCCGAAGACUUCUUCUUCUCGAGAUGCGAAUGACAAUGCGCUUGUCAGCUCCGAUCAUGAUUCAAGUCGCCCAAUGUCCAAAAAGCCCAAGGCUGCCCCCUCGGCACGGAGAGGUAGCGAGUCCAGCGGCGUCACCCGGAUCGACGAAGUGCGAAAGCGACGUCUUAUUGCUGGGCGCCGCCCUCAAGAAGGUGAUCGACGUCUCAGCCUCUUCUCGUCUGAUUCACUGUCCGGCCGUGAAGAAGCCCCCAAGUCCCGUGAACCCGCUCACGAUACCACAUCCUCCCUUAAACGCAUUCGAAACGAUACCUCCCCUGAACGAUCUCGAUCGCGGGACGCGGAUAGCGAUCGACUGUCGCCUGAAGCGCGGAAGAAGAAACGGCGCGUGUUGGCUGAGGAGAAGACAUCGAGUAUGCCGAAUGGGUCAUCCCGGAAAGCCGAACAUGCGGAUUCAGACAAAGCUCAUCCACCUCGUCGGCCGAAAGAGGAAGCCUCCCAAGGCACCGAUGCUGCCCCGCGCAGCUCUAUCGAGACAUCCAAGAAACCCGAGCCCUCCAUUCAAACUUCCCACACCUCUCACCCUACUCCUUCCCACAAACCUGUCGACACCGAUUCGGUCAAGAAAAACGGAGACGUCAAGACGGAGCCCGCCGAGCCCAACUCCGUUCCUGAGGUUGCAAGCGACAACCAGCGGGCCGAAAUGGAGGCAGAGAAGCGUCGACAAGCUGUGGCAAAGAAGGCGGAGGAAGAGCGUGCCGCGGAUGAGAAGCGUGCCGCAGAUGAGAGGCGUGCCGCAGAUGAGAAGCGUGCCGCAGAUGAGAAGCGUGCCGCGGAUGAGAAGCGUGCCGCAGAUGAGAAGCGUGCCGCAGAUGAGAAGCGUGCCGCAGAUGAGAAGCGUGCCGCAAAUGAGAGGCGUGCCGCAGAUGAGAAGCGUGCCGCAGAUGAGAAGCGUGCCGCAGAUGAGAAGCGUCAUGAGGAAGAAGCCGAGCGUGCUCGUCUAGCUAAGGAAGAAGCGGAACGAGCUGCGCGCGCUGCUCGUGAGAAAGCCGAAGAAGAUGAGCGUAAGCGCAAGGAGGCCGAACAGCGCCGGGCCAAGCAGGCUGAAGAUGAACGCCAGAAGCGGCUGGAGCAGGAGCGGGCUCGCGUGAUGAAGCUGCGCCGCGACCAGGAGGCUCAGGAGCAACGACGCCGUGAAGCGCUCCCGGGUCGCCUGCGCGCUUCGGCCAAUUUCGUGGGUUCCAAUGACCCCCGCGCGCGAAGUCACUCCUGGCUCAAGAACUUCAUGCCUCUGGUGACUGCGGUCACCCGACAGCUCGAGCCCGGCUGUUCUGGUGAUGUGGCAGACGAGAAAUGGAUCCCGAACUACUUGGUCGCCCCCCUGCUGGCCACCAACGACCUGCAACUCUCUCAAUAUGCCAGCUGGGAGAAACGCAAGGCAACCGCAACUCAACGCAUGAACCUCUGGCGAUGCACUCGCCGGAUGCUGGUCUACACUGACGAUCCCAAGUAUCACAACGCAUCGUUCGGAGACAUUAUGCAGCUGGAUUGCGAGACGCGACCCAAGUAUUUCGAGAUGGAGCAUGUCUUCUGGAUCCGACUUUCUGAUUUCAUGGACCUCGUCCCGCACAUCCCCCAUCUCAAUGGUCUCGAUCUCGAGUUCCUCAGCAUGCACGUCGAUCCUGAACCCUCUGCAGCCGCCUUCCAUCAUACCAACGGCCACGCCGCGGGUGCUUACGCUACUGAAACGAACGCCACCGUGGCUCUCAACGGCUACCCCCCAGCCAUCCUCGACCCGUCGGACGGAGAAGAGACCCAGUCCAACCCCCCCGUCGCCGCCGAUGAGGUCGAGGUUUCCGCUGACGCCGGCUCCGGCCAGAUGUCCGUCCUCGAUGCUCUGAAGGGUGUCCUGCGCAUCUCGCUGAUCCACGACGGCCUUGCCCGUGGUCUGCGCGAGGCUGCCAAGGCCCUCGACCGCCGCGAGGCCCACAUGUGUGUCCUCAACGAGGGUUGCGAGGAGGAGGCCUACAAGAAGCUGGUCGUCGCCCUGUGCUCCGAGCACAAGAUCCCCCUGAUCAAGGUCCCCGACGGCAAGAUGCUCGGCGAGUGGGUCGGUCUCUGCACCCUUGACCGCGAGGGCAACGCCCGCAAGGUCGUUAACUGCUCUUGCGUCGUUGUUAAGGACUGGGGUGAGGAGAGCCAGGAGCGCUCCGUCCUCCUCAACUACUUCCAGACUGAGCAGUAA